UUUUAUUUAUUUGUUACUCAAAACCUUCCUCUUCUACUAAUUUAACAAUAAGGAUCAAAGGAUUAAACAGUUGUUCUACACGAGGGCUGCUUUCACAUACUAUCGAUAGGCGGAAGUAAAACGUUCUUUUGCUCUUUUUUUACGUUUUUCUCUUCAAAUUAAUUUUAAAAACAUAAUUUCCAACAAUUAUUAAAUCCCUUAAAAUGCAUGCAAACGGUGGAAGUGCCUAUUAUUACCAACAACCAAGAUUUGGAACACUUCCCCCACUUUCUUCCUCUUCUCCCCAGUCCCAUCAUUAUGCCACUAGUACAAUUUUGGAUGAUGAACCAGUGUGGGCUAGAGCAGAUACAAUAGAUCCUAGACAAAGAAGUCCCCCUCCUCAUGGAUAUCAACCUCCUUCAGUCCGUGGGGCAACACCCCAACAAAUGACUGUAGUACAUUCUAGUGCUAAACCUGUACCAGAUUCUGAUAUUUAUAGAGUUGGGAUUUAUGGUUGGAGGAAACGUUGUUUGUAUGCAUUCAUUCUUGCUUUAACACUUGUUGUCUUUAUAAACCUGGCUUUUACAUUCUGGAUUAUGACUGUACUUGACUUUUCAUUGGGAGGAAUAGGCGCCUUGAAGAUUGAAGAGGACCGUAUAAGAGUGGUUGGACGAUCGGAGUUUGAAAAACCUGUACAAUUCUCUCAAUUGAGUAGCGCUGACGAUCAAGCUCUCUCGAUAGAUUCAGCUUUAGGAGUUUCCAUUAGCGCUCAUAACCACACCGGGCAUUCAACAGCCGCAUUACAUUUACAACCCGAUGGGAAAGCACAAAUGAUUUGUGACCGUUUUGAGGUGCUAGAUGAACAGAAAAAGUCACUCUUUUUUGUUGACUCGAAUGAGAUUGGAUUGAAGCUCGAAAAUCUUCGGAUAUUAGAUGAUGGAGGCAGUGUUUUUGAAGGUGCAAUACAAACAGCAAUUAUACGCCCUGAACCUGACAGUCCUCUCAGAAUCGAAUCUCCAACACGCAGUUUAAUUGUUGAAGCAGGUCAAGAUAUAGAAAUGUUAAGCAGUGCUGGAGAAAUACACAUAAACUCCUUGUUUGAUAUUCAAUUAAGAGCUAAACAGGGAAAUAUCCGCCUAGAAUCCAGCAACAUAUUCAUGUCUGGUCUAGAAAAAAGUAUGGGAGUCGGAGGGGCUUCACAAUACCAAUUAUGUGUUUGUCAAAACGGGCGCUUAUUUCUUGCGAAUGAAAGGGCUGAUUGUAGGGCAGAUAAACAAAUAUGUUCAUAA